UUUUGGAGUUAAAUAUACGUUGCUUCCAAUUCCAUUCUGAAGUUGACCUCCACACAACCAUGCCUCUUCUUGGGAAUAAGUUCAACACCAAAAAGACCCCACCUAGAAGGUCGGCCUCCCUCAACAACCUGAAUCGCUUAGAGAGUUCCAUCAGAGAUGAGGAGUACGGAAUGACCUAUGGGCAGCCAAAAGUCAAGCUCGGGGGUCAAGAACUCAAGUUUGAUGAAGACAAUGGGGUGUGGAUUGCAGAAUCUGGCAAUGCUGGAGGGGUCAGUCAGAGGGAUUUCAUCAAAGUGAGAAAGCAGAACAAAUCAUUGGCUGAAGAAAACAAUCUUCUCAAACUCAAGAUUGAACUUCUACUAGACAUGUUGGCUGAAACCACAGCAGAGAAGCAUUUGAUGGAGAAGGACCUAGGAGAGUAUGGACACUCCUCAAGUUCAAAGAAGAAGAGCAAGAGCCACAAAAGAUGAUGACACAACUCCUUGAAUAGAUCUGUAAUGCUGGACAUUCUACAUGCAUGCAUGCAUCAAACCCCUCAUGGUAUUCAUGAAGACACAGGACCGGGAAGAGUUGAGUCAGAAGAAAAGCCUAAGACCUAAGAUCUUUAAUGCUGGACAUUUUAUGCCUGUAUCAAAUACCCUUGAAAUGCAUGGAGUAUCUGGACAGUCCUCACAUCAGAACUAACUAAUGAGCAAAAGGCUUAGUUGAUAAAACACUAUGAAUUGUUAUUACUGGAUACUUAUCACAUGCAUGAUACCUUGUCAAAAAAAGGACUGGGGAUGGUUCUGACAAUCCUCAAGUCAGAAGUAGGAAAUCUUGAAGCCAAGAGGAUGAAGAGAUGGCGAUACUUCCUGAAUCUGUAAUCCUAGAUAUUUCAUAGACAGAUUUAGGAGGGUGGAGUUGAAGGGGUAGAGUACCUGUCCCCUCCCCCCCUCCUACAUACACAUUUUUAAAAGAAAGGAUGAAAUUAAAUUUAAAAAAUAAAAAUGAAGCCUUUGAGCAUUUGUUGCCGAAGUGAAUCAGCUCAAGUACUCCCAACCACCAAAUAAUGAGAACUGAUGACACUUUAGGGAUGGUGGUGCUAUUUUAAACUGAAAGUUGUCAACGUACACGUACUUACAUUGAAAUUGAAAGUAUCCCUUUGUAUACUGGCAUAUGCUGUACUUCACCUGUAUUUGUAAUUUCCCUCUUUUUUAAAAGUUUCUAGUUUCAAUGACAGCUUUUCUGCUGGUGCUUGAAAACUUUGGGCUGGUCCCAAACAAAAUGUGUAUUCAAAUCUUGAUUUAUGAACCUUGUACAUGAUAUUCAUACUUCUUGUUGCUCUUCCUUCAGCAUGUAGAGAUGGUUUGAGUUUAUUUGAUACAUUGGAGAGGAUAUCUGUUAUUUUGAUUUGACCAACCAUUAUCCACUUGACCAGCUGGCCAUAGGGCUCAAACAAAAAGGGUGUUGUAUUGCCUGUUUCGACCAACCCCAAAAUCUUUAGAUCUACAGUUGGCUUCUUAUUAAAGGUUUUUUAACCAUUUUUUUAGAAGAAGAAAAGUUUAAUGAAUAAAAAAAUAUGUAUUAAAGCAUUAAAACUGAAAAGUAUCAGCGCAAAGAUGGAGAAAAAAAAAGAAGGAAGACAAAUUUCACUGACCAAUCCAGCUGCUAAAAGGCAAUACAACAUCUUUUUGUUUAGGCCUACAUGUAGUAACAGUGUUGAUAGUGUAUUGUUAGAUGAG